AUGGCUCCUAUAAAUCCCCUCGCGUCUCGCGCAAGCGGCGACAACUGCCCAAGCACAAUUACCGGCGGCGGCAUUGCAGGUAUCGUCAUCGGCUCGAUCGCUGGCACCCUCCUCAUCUUGUGGCUGUGGCGCGCCUUCCGACUGCCUGGCGCAUGGAGCGGUGGUGAGCCGCCUGAUACGAGCUACCAGCGUCCAGUUGCUCGCAGCACGAGUACUCGCGGGCGGCGAUCGCGCCGUCGCCCGUCUGGGACAUAUGUGGAUUAUGUUGAGAAGCCGGUCAGUUACAGUUCGCGCCGAUAUAGGGAUGACGUGCGUCGGCCGCAGAGAGCUUAUUUGACGGACCCAUGA